AAAAUGUCAAAUUACUGGAUCGUUAUGUGGGUAAGAAACCAGCUAAUGGGAUUCUAUAUCUUACUGCAACCCACCUGAUCUAUGUGGAAGAUUCUGGUGCAGCCCGGAAAGAAACAUGGAUUGCACUCCAUCAUAUCUCCACUGUGGAGAAGUUGCCCAUCACAAACCUGGGCUGUCCCCUGAUCCUCCACUGCAAGAAUUUCCGGGUUGCCCACUUUGUUUUAGACUCUGACGUCAUGUGCCAUGAGGUUUAUAUUUCGCUGCUCAAGCUUUCUCAGCCAGCAUUACCUGAAGAUCUUUAUGCUUUUUCUUAUAAUCCCAAAUCUUCCAAAGAGAUGAGGGAAAAUGGAUGGAAACUGAUUGACCCAGUAUCAGACUUUGGCCGUAUGGGAAUACCUAAUAGGUACUGGACCAUAACAGAUGCCAACAGAAAUUAUGAGAUAUGCUGUACAUAUCCUCCUGAAAUAGUGGUUCCUAAAUCUGUUACCUUGGGAACAGUGGUUGGAAGUUCAAAGUUCAGAAGUAAAGAACAUGUCCCUGUGCUCUCCUACCUCUACAAAGAGAACAAUGCUGCCAUUUGCCGCUGUAGCCAGCCCCUGUCUGGAUUCUACACUUGCUGCAUAGAUGAUGAACUCUUGCUAGAGGCCAUUAGCCAGUCGAACCCGGGGAGCAAGUUUAUGUAUGUUGUUGACACAAGACCAAAGUUGAAUGCCAUGGCUAACCGAGCAGCUGGAAAGGGGUAUGAAAAUGAGGACAAUUAUGCCAACAUUCACUUCAGGUUCAUGGGCAUUGAAAACAUCCAUGUGAUGCGAAGCAGCUUGCAGAAACUCUUGGAAGUUACAGUUUGUGAAUUGAAAACUCCAACAAUGAAUGAAUUUCUUAGUGGCCUGGAGAGCUCAGGGUGGUUGAGACACAUUAAAACUAUUAUGGAUGCUGGAAUUUUCAUUGCAAAGGCAGUGAAGGUAGAAAAAGCCAGUGUCUUAGUCCAUUGUUCUGAUGGGUGGGACCGCACAGCACAAGUCUGCUCUGUGGCCAGCAUCCUUCUAGAUCCAUUCUAUAGAACAUUCAAAGGAUUCAUGAUCCUGACAGAGAAGGAAUGGAUAUCCAUGGGACACAAGUUCUCCCAAAGGUGUGGCCACCUAGAUGGGGACUCUAAAGAAGUUUCCCCUAUAUUCACCCAGUUCCUAGACUGUAUCUGGCAAUCAAUGGAACAGUGUCCCUGUGCCUUUGAGUUCCAUGAAGAUUUUCUGCUGGAGAUCCAUGACCAUGUUUCCUCCUGCCAGUUUGGGAACUUCCUUGGAAACUGCCAGAAGGAUCGGGAAGAGCUGAGAGUCUAUGAAAAAACCCAUUCAGUGUGUCCUUUCUUGGUUCAGAGAAAGCAGGACUUUAAGAACCCUCUCUACAAAGGCUUCACUAUGUAUGGGAUGCUCAAACCUAGUAUUGUGCCCUACCAUACUAAUUUCUGGUGUGAGAUGUAUAACCGCUUUGACAAAGAACUGCACCCGAAGCAGAGUAUGCUGGAGAGCCUCCUGAAAAUUAAUAAGCAGAGAACAAUGCUGGAAGCAGAUGUACAUGAACUAGAAAAGAAACUGAAAGACCAUGAUGAGCCACCAGAUGAGGUCUGUACCUGCUCUCAAUUAGGGAAUUUAUUAUCCCAGCAUCUGGGAAGUCCUUUGACCAAUCCUCUCGGCUUUAUGGGUAUCGAUGGAGACCUGAAUACCUUGAUGGAGAAUGGCACCCUGUCCAAGGAAGGAGGUCUCCAAGCUCAGAUGGAUCAAGUGAAAAGCCAGGGUGCAGACCUCCACCAUGAGUGUUGCGGGAUCAUCAUGAGCAACCUCAGAGCCAUGGACAUCUCUGGGGUUGUGGGCCUCUCUAGGGCCACUGGUAUCUCUGAAGACACAGGCAUCUCUGGGGACACUGGCAUCUCUAGGGCUACAGGUAUGACUGAGGCCACAGACAUCUCUAGAGCCAUGGGCAUCUCUGGAGACAUGGGCAGCUCCAGAGACAUGGGCAUUUCUGGGGCCACUGGCAUCUCCAAGGCCAGCAUCAAGGAGGCAGGCUGCUUCAAGCAACAGUAAGCUACUCAUCUGUGUCCACGCCGGUUCACCUGCAGCAGCCACAGAGAUUCUCAUCCCAAGAGGGCUAUGCUACUUUUCCAAUUGGUUCUAAUAGGUGAGGCCAGGAUACUGCCUUCCUCCAGUUAAGAGUCUGGAAGGGGGAUUUAGGGUGUUUACUGAUUAAGCAACCAAUAUAUGCAUGACAGACAGUUCAGAAUGUAGACAAGGGAAAGAACAUGUUAUUGUUCUAAAAUGGGAUUUAACUUUAAAAAUGUUGCUUUUCAGGUCAGAUGAUAUUAGGCUGGUUUUAUUGUUCCAUUUUCCUUUAUGAUCAACCUCCCCUACUUUCCAUCCUCACUCCUCACUGCUGCGUCAUGAGAACCCAGUGAAAAUGUUAUGUCACACUGAAGAAGUAAGACCUUCUUGAGGGGAUCGAGAAAUGGAGUGCAGCAGGUGAACAUGAGUUGCAAAAUAUUUUAAAAGAAAAUUUUGCUUUCAGGUAUGCUUAGUCAUCGGAUGAAAGCUAACAGUAUUGUCAAUAGAGGUCCCAACAUUUGCCAGAGAAAUAAGUUAAAAUAUCCUUUAAUUGUUAGCAUGAAUGCAUGGGUGCUUAGUGGUUUAGAACAUAUAAGGAAAUAGUUUUCUUAAGUUAAGCACUUGCCCACCCCAACACAUACCCCAGCUAGGUCUUUUUAUACAAUACUCACGUAGCCAACUGCCCUUUUCAUAGCCCAUGGGUAAACUUGAAUCCACUACAGUCUAAAAUGAUCAAUUACAAAUUAGUGGGCCCUAAAUUAAUAACAUUAAUUAAUAUCAUCCUCAACAUUAGUUGAGGAUACAACUGAAAAUCUCAGUGCUUCAGACAUAGCUUAUGUGCCCAUCUGAGUUUUUCUACAGGAGGCUCCUUCUUAGGUCUUUUUAUGAAGACUAGUGGUUUUGCUUGUCUAGACAUUACAUCAACUUUGCGGAUUUUUAUAUACAAUAGGCACUACUUUUAAAAGUUUGUCACCUUGUGCAAUUUUGGGAAACAAUCUGUUUUUACAGCAGGCCCAGACACUCCUGGGGGAGGGAUGGGUUCCUUGUAGUUUAAACACCAGAAUUUCCACUUGAGGUUGAUACACUUGCUGGUUUUUCAUCUUUCCUAUUGAGUAUUCGGUCUCGGUCUUCCCACUUUCACAUGCUGGGGUAGGAUAGGCCUCAGGCAGUUUGGUUCAUGCUCUAUAUAUUGCCAGGCUUUCCAGAAUUCCCAUUGCUAAAAGAAUCCAGGUUCUCACCCACGAUGUCUCUUCUGAACACUCCAUGUCUGGUUUAAGUUUAAAAAACUGAGAUGUCUCAGUGAAGGAGCCAUCUCUGUUGUCUACCACAUCCAGUUGUGAACACAGACAUCUCUGAAGGACCACUUUAUCAGGUACUUUUCUCUGUAUAAAGAAGGUGCCUUUUAAUUUAAGUUCUACUAGCAGAAGAGAGCAAGGAUAGCUCAGAAGAGAGCAAGGAUAGCUCUUUGAUAUCUUAACCUUAGCUAAACUAUGGACCCAAAAUGACCUUCCCCUUUUCACAGAGGAACUCUAAAUCACUUCAUUGUCUUUUUCAUAUGUAAAUAGGACCCACUUUUCUACUUACCUCCACUUGGUAGAUAAUUUAAUUCUGUUUUUAAAGAACUCUAUUUUCCCCCAUUCGUAUAUAAGAGGCAUUUUUCUAUUUACCUCUUUUUGAUAGUUUCCCUGAUCCUAUAGUUUUAAAACAUCACGAUGAUUUCCUAUUGUAUCUUCUCUGAUCCCCCUACCUCUAAAGUUUGGUCCUCGGUUUAUGUAGCCUAAAUCAUCAGGUAUUGCCAGUUGUCAUUUGACUUCUUCCUUCUGGAAGAAAUUGGGAUUUGUACAAAUCAUUUUUAUCUGGAGGCUCCAUCUAACCCUGGCUGUCUGAAGGAAGUUGUCAAAAAGGAUGACAGUACCAAUCAUCUGCCACAAGUGAGCCUAUUCUGGGUCUUGCUUUAUACCCAGAACUUUCUCCCAUAUCUCAGUCUUAAUUUUACAGUCUAUUAACUAGCAUGACAUUCCAGAUAAAGAUGUUGAGUUUUCUUUGGGGAAAGGAAAAAGCCAAAUGACAAAACUUAGAUUUUGCAAAUCCUAUAAAAAACUAGUUUAAGAAUGUCAUAUUUCCUUUUGAAGACCUAUACAAGGACAUACGUACCCAAUCUUAUUUCUUCUUAGAUCCAAAACAUAAUAGUGACAAGAUCUUUUCAAUACAAUUUCAAACUUGGAAGUAAACAGCAACACUAGUUUUUCCAAAAGUAAAAACAAAUUUAGAAAAAUACUCUAGUUUUAUUGAGUAUCUAAGGCCAUCGAAUCAAUUUCAGCCUAAAAAUCAGUUAGGUCAGUUUGUUUACUCUUUUGUUUUUUUAUUCCCCAAUAUGUCCCAUCAUCAUGUACAACAUACAUAGAACUAAGCAAAACCUUGUGAAAAUCCCAUUUACUUGUGACACCAAACAUCUCCUGUUUUACAGUUGGAUUUGAAAAUCUGAGAGAGGAAAAUGGUUCAAUGGUAUCCAAAUUCGUAUGCACUUUUAUUGGGUAAAAGCCCAAUAGCUAUCUGUAGUCAAAAGCCUAACUAUAGAUAGAAGACUCCUGAAGGAAAGCUUCCCUGUCUAUCAUGACUGCUAGAGACUAGAAAAGAUUAUCUCUUCCUGGCUUUAAUUUCAUGCCCUCAUAAAGAACCUACACUGUGAAAGAAAUGUGACCACCCCUUCCCCACUGCCAUAUCCUUCCAGUUCCAGGAGCAGAAAUUCCAUUCUCAUGUGACUGCUCCACUUAAUAGGAAGGCCUUCAACCACCUGUCACUGUCUCAUCCACUAACUUGACCUCUGCCUGUUUCCUAUGCAAGUUUCAUAAACCUGAGGUCACUGCUUAUCUUUCCUAAGAGUGAUGCAGUUUCUGUCCCUGUGCUUGUGUCCUUGUUCAGAUUCUGCAUGGACACUUUUUUCUAAAAUUCAUUAAUUAUUUAAUUAGUUGAUGGAAUGACAGAUUUCUUCUCAUAAUAAAUAAAACAAUCUCAGAUAACAAACUUAAGUAAAUUUGUUAUCUGUUUGAAGAAACUUAGGAGUAAGGUUUGCUGUAUGAAAGAGAACCUGAAACUUUAUCUAGAACUAACAGAGCAAGAAUGUAAAUUCAUGGUGCAUCUAUUGGAUGUAUGUGUCUUUGGAAAGUCAACCUAAAAAUUGUGAUCAAUUACCACCAAGUUAGUUGUCAUUGCUGUCAGCAUGCAUGGACACCUUUUAUCUGAGACAUACCUCCCAUUUCAUGGGGAGUGAGACCUUGCCCAGAGCACUUAAACCAGAAAGAAUCCAAAUCUUUUUAAGAAGUGCUUUUCAAACCAGAUUGGUAAAUAUUGGCUUGGCCUUGAUAUAGCAGAAAGAUAAAUUUAAUAACUAAAUAUACUCAUGUCAGAUCUUUGUGACAGGCUAUCUUUUAUUAAAUAUAUGACACCUUUUCUUGAUGCUAUUAGACUUUGACAUAUCAUUGAUAAAUCUUUCUAUGAAAGCAUUUUAUAAAGUGGCAUUUUUUCAAACAGUUGUGUAAGGAAAUGCAAAUUACCUUUAAGAAAAAUACUUCUUUUAAAAGGGGUAUAUGAUGUAUGCUCCAGAUCGGUUUAUACCUAGAAAGAUUUUUCUCACUCUCUGUCUUAAUUCCUAAUGUAUAUGAUUUAAUGAUAUGUAUCUGUUUUACCAAAUCUUUCCCCCACCCUCAGGCCUCUCCCUCCCAAGGACUCUAUGACACAGACAGAUAUAAUUCCAAUCAAAUCUGGUUUCUGUCUUCUAAGGGCCAAACAUAUACCUGAGUUGGAUGCAGACAUUUAAAAAAAAACAAUCAAAAAGUAGACAUGACUUAAGCCUUAAAUUUUCUUCUUGUAGACUCAUAUGUGUAUAUAAAUGUGAAGAAAUGGAUGACUGGCUUGUCAGUUGGCACCAAAGGACAAGGAAAAAGAUUUAGGGCUGUAAGGGACUCUUGGUCUGUUGUAUUUUUAAAAGGCAGUUCUGUUUUUGAGGCAUUUGAUGGCAGCAUAAGAGCUUUUCCAAGGUAAAUAAAUAAACAUAUAUAUAUAUAUAUAUAUAUAUAUAUAUAAAACUUUUCAGGCCCUACAGAGCAUGUCUUCUCUGAUUUCUUGGCUCUGGGACUGACAGUGUGUGCCUUCCUCUGGUAUUGUCACCAGUCAUGGCAGCUCACAUCUCUUUUUGAUGUCAGUGCAAGCAAAAGCAUGUCACAUGCUCUGUGGUUUGUGCCUUGUCUUCACAAAAGGCAAGUGCACUUUGAAAGCAGCUGUCUAAUUUACGCCCAUGUGUAUUGCAGGGGCUAAACAAAAACAUGUUCAGAAGUUGGUAUGUGUGAAAACACUGACUUCUGUGUUAAAUCCAGUGUCCUGUCCCUUAGUGUUUUCUAAAAGUUUUGAGGGUAACUUAAAAGCCUCUUUAUCUUCCAAAGCUUUGUUAUCUUUUAACCAUUUUCAUGACUUCGUACUCUGACCCUAUAGAGGACACUACGCUAACCCUCACAAAGUGCCAGUUCUGGAGGAGGUACCUGGGGAUGGGGGCAGGAAGGAAGAGAGGAUAAUACAGAAAUACACCUGCCCAGUUAAGCAAAAGGAGUGUAUACCAGUCCAGGAUAAUUACCACUCCAGUUAUUCAAGAUUUAAUGUGUCACUUGAGAUUAAAUUGUUCACAGUAAGGUCCAAAUAAGGCUGUCUUUUCCAGAUAAUACUGUGACCAACAUAUUUUCUUUUAAGGGUAUUUUUUACACUGGUAGAAACUCUUUCCUUAAGAAUGCUAUGAGUGGUGUACUUUCUUUGUCAAUACUUUUCUCCACUGGGAUAUGUGGUCCUGGGUUUUCUUUUCCUUUAUAAGGUCAAAUAUGGUGUGUGGUAUUCCCUCCCCUUAAAAUAUCCCUACAGCAGAUGUAUCUUCACCUCUUUGUAGCUGAAGUAACACUAGAACUUUCACCAGUCAGAUGAGAAUAUGUACACCAAAGUCACUAGUGGGUAAUCACUGUUCAGAAGCCCAUGUCUUUAAUCCCACCUCACAUCCAAUUGGCCACACCAGUUCACCUAAAUUAUCACCAUGUCCGUCUGCCCUCAUCUCACUCACAUUUGCAGACAGGGUUGUUUCUGUAUUUUGUGGAUGCCAAUGGGAAUGCAGGGCACAUGUCUUAGCUCUGAAACAGAAUAUGUUCUGUAUUCUAUGUAACAGUGCCUCAGGCUUAGGAACAACUAACAAAUCCAGUCUUUGUGGAAUGUAACCCAUAGUAAGGCUAUUUGUAUAUAUGUAUGUGUGUGUACUAUAAUUUUAGUAGCAUCUGGACUCAUAGGUUAUCUGGGAAUUCAGAUGAAGAGAAUUUAUCUAAAAUUUUAAAAAAAGACUUGUAGUGCUAGGCCUCUAACUCUGAUAUUGUCCAACUAAGUGCCAUGGGGGACUUUGGGACACAUUAAGCCAGAUGUACAAACCUAAGUGAUGGGGAAGUAAUUGGCCUUUUCCCUAGAAUGUAUAUCAGGCUGGUAUAGAAGUAGAACUCAAAUAUAAGACCAGUGUUUUCUGUAGUGUUUUAAUGUUAGGCACCUACCUUCAUGGACAUCUUGCAGCUGAUAUAUGUAAUUCAGGAUUCAAGCUGUGUACAUUCUUUGAGAACCUGACUUUUCAUUAGCCCCAAGUUUCCAGAACAGGACUGUCACAGCAGCUCAAUCUUAACUUGCCAAGAAUUGGCAGGUGUGAAUGACUGACU